UACGAGUAGUUAGGCCUCCAGGGUUACGUGAGUAUGUCGUAUGAAAUGAAAUGGACACAGGUCUUUUUCGCUCUGAGUCUGACAGUAGGUGGUGUAUACAGUGACGAUGGUGUUGUAUACAGUGACACCACUGUGACGAUCCACCCUCAGUGGCUGGCACAAGGAGGAAACGCUAAUUACGACAAUAAUAGGUGGAACAAACACUUUGGUCUGGAUCAAACAAACCUCAUUCCAAACUGUCGGAGGCUUCGGACUGAUAGUGGGCGCUUUCCAGGCCCUGAAAAUACCGGUUACCUCAUCAAAAAAUGGCCGGAAGAUCCAAACCGUAGCGGCUACCCUGACCCCAACUAUCUGAAGAAUGUCAGCAGAGAGCAGGGACUGUGCCCCGAUUACCUAGAGAACAUCAACACUGGUUAUGAGAACGACAUGAUCUUGGUGGCAGGAGCUCUUGAAUACCCGAGUUGGGUAGACACAUCUGAACAUGAUGGUCAUUUCCCAAACAAUGUCGAUGUUGCUGCCGAGUUCACGAUGUUGUUGAUGCAAGGAGUGUAUGAUUGCACCAAAGGACGUAUACCACCCUACCUUGAGCCCAUAAACGAACCGAGUGAUAAAUGGGCUAUCCUAAAUUUCACGACUAUUACCACCUUUCACAAAUUAGUUGCGGAGAAACUCCAUGCCAGAUUUAACAUCAAGGUGGCUGGUCCAACAAUAGGCAGUUAUACAAAGUAUGCUGAUUUAAGCAACUUUUCAUACUGGGACAAAGUGGCAGACUUCAUGGAUGGGACUUUAGGCUACAUAGAUGUAUUUUCUUUCCAUUCGUAUAACAACCUCGUUGUUUCGGGAAGAUCUUACAAUUUUACUGGAGCAAAUGAAGCACGUCUGGUAGCAUUUAUAGACCUGGUUGAAAACUAUGCCUCUCAGAAGACCGGAAAGAUGAUCCCCCUUGUUAUCAGUGAAUAUGGACGUGACGCCGUCAGUGGUCUUGACAAAUAUGCUCCAUCACCCAUAAUUGACUUUUCAACAAUCUACCAGUCUAAUGGCCACAAAUUUACUCAACUGGGUCUGAGGGAAUACAUUGACAGAGCAGUGGUGUUUCUUCUAGCCAGUGAAGAAAGGCCAGGACGUUAUACUCUAAACUAUUCACUUUUCUCACCUGAUGGAGAACCCACCCGUAUUGUUGACUUUUUCGAGUUUUGGUACAAAUUCAGGUCAGGCUUUUCCUUUAUCAGAACUAACAGUCAGUAUGAUGGAAAGGAACGAACCGUGUCGCCAUUAGCAAUGUCAAGUUCAUCGACGAACGAAACCGUCAUUCUCUUGCACAGCUAUUCUCGGAGGUCACAGGCAGUCAAGCUAGUCUUCCAAGAAGACUGGAUCAAACCAACAACUGGCCAAGCUACUUGCAUUACCAUCAAGGACGACUGGUUCCCAGUCAUCACCUUCAACAAAACCAUCGACAUCCAGAAGACACAAGGAAUUGUUGAACUUCCUCCUGAAGCAACAUGUCACUUUACAUUCAAUAUCCCUUCAAACAAACUGCCGUCGGUCACUCUCAACGAAACCACAUAUUACGGAGCGGAUACACUGAUACCAAUCAAGGGCGAUGUUGUCUCGACAGUGAUAUCUCUACCAAAUGGCCAGUAUGACAGUGCAAGACUGAGAGUUUCAACCAGUUGGUUGAUCAAUGAAACAAUCAGUGUAUCAUAUGUUACCUUUAAUGACCAUCGCGUUGACACUUUCUUUAAACUGUAUGAUUCUGACAAGUUUAAUCCUGCCAGCAACACGUAUUGGACUGUUUGGGAGUUUCUUGUCCCCGUACCUGUGUUUGUCCUGGGCCGAACCAGGUACAGAUUCACCUCUCUAACAACAUGGCAACGGGAUAUGUUUCAUCUGUUGCUCUUGUCACAGGAAGCUGGUUCCAUCUGAUUUGAAGUCAUUAUAAGAUAACAAUUCUGGCAAAGUUCUCGUUUUGAUCAAUAAAGAUGAUUUAAGAAUUCCA